AUGCCUCCCAAAGCUCAGAAGGAAAUCAUCUACCCAAUCACCUCAGAAGAACAUUUUGCCCAAAUUGUCAACCCUGAGAAUAAAAAGCUUCACGUGAUUGAUAUUCAUCUAUCUUGGUGCGGACCAUGCACUGUGAUGAGUUCAAAUUACAGAACACUUUAUUUCGGUUUUGAAGAAGCUGAUAAGCGUUUAGAGUUCUGGACAGUAAUAUACUUUAUCUUGACAAUAACAUUAUAGCUCGAUUCAACUAUGUUGCCUGAUGAAUACAAAAAGCUGGUUCAAGCCUCAUGCAAACCAAAAUUCAUGAUAUUCUUGGAAGGAGAAUGCAAAGGUAUUGUCGAUGGUGCUGAUUAUACAAAAAUCGAAAACUUAGUAAAUACAUUCAUCCCAGGACUUGACGAAUGA